GGUUUUCUCCCAGGUGUUUGUAACUCUGAAGCGCGUUUACACCUUUCGGAGUCACUGUUCAUCCGUGUUCCUGACAGGAAACUGAAAGCGGCGGAAUUCAAGACAGAACAUCGGAAUAAAGCAGAGAACUUGCCUUUGAAUACAUCUCUUUAGUGUAACUGAAGAUGAGCAGCCGACGGCGGCGAUGCAAGCGUCAGCUGAUCAAGUUUACUCAGCAUAUCGCGCGAUUAAUAACAGGAACUCUGAACUCAGAUAAUGAGGACGAAGAACAAGAGAGCACAACGGAGCGGUAUCACCCGGAAAAUCUGGAGCAACUGCAGUCGCAGACCCAUUUCUCCAGACAAGAGCUGCAGCUACUCUACAGAGGAUUCAAGAAUGAUUGUCCAAGUGGAGUUGUGAAUGAGGACACGUUUAAAAACAUCUACGCUCUGUUCUUCCCACUGGGAGAUUCAUCGAAAUAUGCUCAGUUUCUUUUCAAUGCGUUUGAUAAAGAUAAGAAUGGCUCUCUUAGUUUUGAGGAAUUAGUCUGUGAUCUUUCAGUUUUGUUAAGAGGCACUACAGAAGAGAAGCUGAACUGGGCUUUCAAUCUAUACGACAUCAACAAAGAUGGACAGAUUACUAAAGAGGAAAUGUUAGAUAUAUUGAAGUCUAUUUAUGAUUUGAUGGGGAAAUCUAUCCAUCCACGACUUAAAGAGGAGGCAAUAAGGCAACAUGUCAGAAUGUUCUUCCAGAAAAUGGACAUGAACCAGGAUGGCGUAGUAACCAUUGAUGAAUUCAUUGACUGCUGCCAAAAGGAUGAGGAUAUUAUGCAGUCCCUUAAGAUUUUCGACAAUGCUGUCUAGAUUUCAGCCAGUGAAUCCAUCUCAAGCACUUGGACGUUUCUAGAUAGGUAACACUCAUUAUAAUGAUGCCAGCUUUUCUGGACUGCUCUUCACAGCUCAGGACCGCUCCAGGUCGUCUUUGGUGAACUGACUGCUGAAUGUAUUCGCACCUUGGUAGAAAUGUGGGAUUCUCGUGUGAUGCAAAUGCAAGUGCAGUGUUGGUGGAGCAAGGAGCAAUUACUUGUCAAACACAACACCAGUGCUUUGUAUUAUAAUGUGCUUCAGUGGACUAGUUUUUGGCACAGCCUAGCCGUUUCAUGCUCGCUGUAUCACAUUGUGUUUCACAACUGAACCCUAUAACUGAACACCAAGAGUGUACUUGGGUAGAGAUUCACCUUUAACCCGAACCUUUUUAAUAUUUAAUCCAGUAGAUAAAUCAUUUAUGGUAGACUAGGAUUACCUCUCAAGGUCAAGUUAAAACGACGUUGCUCAAGUCAGUGCCUGCUUUUCCUUACGUCAGAUGCGCACAUUGUUUAGUAAGCACACUAGAUUUUUCAGCCAAAAACUGGAAUAAUGCCUUUAUUUUAUCCUAUUUUUGCUCAUUUAUUGUUAUUCUAAAUAACUGUAUAUAAUGAAAAAGUGGUUCAGCAACAUUGAAUAACCAGCAACAGGUCUGUUUAUUUCUUUUUUUUUUGUUACAGGGGAUAGUUUUUCUUGUGGACUGCAUAAAAGUGACAGAGGUCACACUAUAAGACAAACAGGAACCAGAAACACAAAUACACUGAAAUGUAGUUUAAUGAUGUUAAACAUAGGAUGAAGGUGCGUGACAUCCCCCCAAAUAUUGUUUUGGUGCUAUUUUCUGUUCAGCCAGCGUCUUUCCUUAUAGUUAGCAGAACUGUAUUACUGUAGAUUAGAAUGUACAGUAUGAACAAGGUGACACUAUUUAUAAUAGCCUAAUAUAUCUUGGAUAAUAAGUCAAUAGUGAAUUAAUGCUAGUAAUGAUGUAGGACUUUUAGUAUAUCUUUCUGUUUUGUAUAAUUUUUAAUGUCAAGAAUAUAAAAUAUACCAGUUAUAAGGAAAUUUGGCCUUCGGUAUGAAUGUUUCUUACCAAAAAGAGAAGAGCCUCUGUCUCGCUCUCUUUCAGGCAGGGAGGUCUGUACUUAGUGUCAUUGGCAAAAUAGUGUUCUUUUGUUCAUUCUGCUUUUAUCAGUAGAUAUAACGCUUUUGGAAGAUCUGAAAUUGUAAAGAUGUAGGUACAAAACACGUAGUCCUUGGCAAAUGAUGAGAGGUGCUAUCAGUAAACGAUGCAUUUCAGUGGUUUGUAUAAAUGAAAGUGCUGUCCAAAGUCAUUUUAUGUGUGACUUUUUUCGAUAUUUGGAUAAUGUGACUGUUGUUUCAGAGGAAUGAUAAGGUUUUAGUGGUAAUUUUCAAAAUGUAACAUUUAAUACAGUUUAUUAUUGUUUAUUGUAAGUGUUUUCUUCUCUUGUGAUAAAAUAAUUGUAAUAAAUCUUACAAUAAAUUAAGAUGCCUUGGUUGAAGCAAAUGCAUAACAGUUUGAUUUCGGACUAUUUUUAAUCUUCACCUCAGGAUUAGUAAUUCAGUAAUCCAGUGGAAAGUCAGACCAUAAGAAUCUCAGAGAUCCACGUGACAGUUAUUACGUAAAAUGAUAUCAAGGAUUAAAAUAUUAUUUAGUAGAGAGAAAUGUUCUUAUUUUAUAGCAGUUGUUUUGUACUCCGAGCUCCUCCCGAGUGACUGAACU